AGGCUCUCUGUUGUACCGUAUAGUUCUUUAUCAUGCCCAAAUCAAAACGUUCCACCGUCGUUGCUCUGACUCAGACCGAGAAGAAAGGCCGUGAGGGCAAGGAAAAGUUGAUUGAAGAUAUCCGUGAAUGUGCCGACAAGUACGAUUACCUUUGGAUUUUCUCGGUCAAGGAUAUGCGCAAUACAUUCUUGAAAGAGGUGCGUAAUGAUUUCAAAACGUCUCGUUUCUUCUAUGGCAAAAACCGAGUCAUGGCAAAAGCUCUUGGAACGACUCCCGAGGAAGAGUACAAAGACGGUAUUUCAAAGAUCGCACAGCAAUUGCACAGUGAAGUCGGUUUAUUAUUCACCAACCGAACAGUGGAGGAUGUCAAGGAAUACUUCAGCAACUACACACAACCUGAUUAUGCUCGUUCCGGCUGCAUUGCCAACGAAACCGUGGUGAUUCCUGAAGGUCCAGUAAAACGUGGCGUUGAUCCUAUGCCGCAUAAUAUGGAACCUCUGUUGCGUUCGCUUGGUAUGCCUACCAUGUUAAAGAACGGUAUUGUCACAUUACCCGUGGAUUACACCAUUUGCAAAGAAGGCGACAUUCUUUCCACAAACCAGGCCCAUCUUUUGAAAUUAUUCUAUUAUCAACUUGCCGAAUUCCGCGUGGAACUGCUCUGCUACUAUCAUAACGGCGAGACCACUCAUCUCAAAUAAAUCUAUCUCUCCAUUCACCAUAAAACUGCACUAGAAUAAAAAAACAGGCAUUUUUU